UAUGUUAUCCUAACUUUUUCCAGUCAAGCUCCAAAGCAAUGCAUUCACUAAUGGAGGUGUUCUAUGUUCUGUCACCUGCUUAUCCUCCAAAACUUUCAUUAACUAGGCAAUCUGUUUCAAUGGCUGCCUCUGCAACUUCACUUUCUUCUUUGUCAUUUGCAUCCAUGGCCUCUCCUCCACAAAGGAAAACACCCACUUCAAGAAAAUUAUCUUCAUCUUCGAAAAAACCCGCACAAGAUCCAUCUCUCACAAUAUCCACAACAGCCACUACUUCAGAUACAAGCACUACUAUCCCUGUCACUUCAAAGAAGGUUCUAGUUCCAAUUGGGUUUGGCACUGAAGAAAUGGAAGCAGUUAUCAUAGUUAAUGUUCUACGCAGAGCUGGUGCGCAGGUUAUUGUUGCCUCAGUGGAGCCGCAACUUGAGAUUGAAGCUGCCGGUGGCACCAGAUUGGUUGCUGAUACCUCUAUCUCCACCUGUUCUAAUGAAGUUUUUGAUCUUGUGGCUUUGCCGGGAGGAAUGCCUGGUUCAGCAAGGUUAAGAGAUUGUAAGAUUCUCCAGCAAAUUACAAGCAAACAAGCCGAAGAGAAGAGGCUUUAUGGAGCUAUAUGUUCUGCACCAGCUGUCACUCUCCUUCCAUGGGGCCUUCUAAAAAGAAAGCAGACAACAUGUCAUCCUGCAUUCAUGGACAAGCUGCCAACGUUCUGGGCUGUUAAAUCAAAUAUUCAAGUUUCAGGAGAGCUUACAACUAGUCGUGGCCCUGGAACUUGUUUUCAGUUUGCUCUAUCAUUAUCCGAGCAGCUAUUUGGGGAGUCCAUUGCUAAGGAGGUCGGAGAGUUUCUGCUGAUGCAUACUGCUGAUGAUAUGCGUAGGAAAGAUGAGUUUAAUGAAGUUGAAUGGUCUUUUGACCACAAACCCCAUGUUCUCAUUCCUGUAGCAAAUGGCUCUGACGUGAUUGAAGUAGUAACUAUUGUGGAUAUUUUACGACGAGCGAAGGUGGAUGUAGUUGUUGCUUCAGUUGAAAAAUCUGUGCAAAUUUUGUCAUCUCUGGGCACAAAAAUAAUUGCUGACAAAUUAAUUGGUGAUGCUGCUAAAUCGAUAUAUGAUUUAAUAAUUCUUCCGGGAGAAACUGCUGGGGCUAAGAGGCUACAGAAAUCAAGGAUUCUGAAGAAGUUGCUCAAAGAACAAGAUGCAGCUGGAAGAAUAUAUGGAGCAGUUUGCUCUUCCAUUUCAGUUCUACAGAGUCAAGGUCUAUUGAAGGAUAAAAAAGCCACUGCACAUCCUUCUUUUUCGAGCCAGCUAACCAAUGAAGUAGUAGAUGGUGCUAAAGUAGUUAUUGAUGGUAAACUGAUCACCAGCAAGGGACUUGCUACUGUCACAGAUUUUGCAAUGGCUAUUGUGAGCAAGCUUUUUGGCGAAGCAAGGGCAAGGAGCGUAGCGGAAGGCCUUGUUUUCGACUAUCCUAAGACCUAGAUGUGCCAAAUGAAGCUGGAAGUAAAUGAAGGAUUGUCUGAACCACAAAGGAUACAUAACCAACUCUAAUCGACCAGCAAUAUUGAGUACUCUGAUUCCCAAUUUUCCUGGUCAUGUAUGCUCUUUCUAAUACUAAAACUAGAGAAGGAUUGCAUCUGGGUCUCUGCAAGAUCCAAUAAUUGUCACGCCAGCUCUGAUUGACAAAUGUCAUCUUUUGCUUGUGAGCUGCAGCUAACAUCUCAAAUACCUGCAGGAAUGGCAAAACAAUUUUCAGGUGCGAAACAAGAUCAGUGGUAAAGAAAAUUUAAGCACUAAAUGUAAUGCAUUUUGAAGUUUGGUAUUACAACCUUUUAACUUUUAUUAAAUAUGUUUAGGCGAUGACAGUUGAUAGCAAAAGCUAAGGCUUUGAGUUUUGCCUGUACUGUCAUUGAAAGUUUGGUUCUUGAUCUGGACAGAAAUGAGAAACUAGUGCUUUGUACCUUAACAUUUAUUUUAUUUUGAUGUUGUUCAGAUUGAGAACUA